ACGUCGCGUCCGCGCUUCCCUGCGCGUCCACAGGGCGCCCCACCUCACGCAGCCACUCGCCCCUUCAGUGCAUGUACGUGUUGCACCCCCACCUAAAAAUUCGCAGCGUGAAAUACUUAAUAACGUGUCCAAAAUGUCGCUUGACGCAAUGUAUCAUUCUGUAUAGCACUAUUCGUCCUCCCCGGACCCCAAACCGUCCAUCCUCGAUGGGCCCGAAGGCAUUCACGCCUUCGCCAGCCGCGCCACACAGCGUGUCACCACGCAUAUGGACAGAUACCGCGAACACAGCGUCUUCCCGCCGUCCAACUGGGUGAUGCAGAACUACCUGCUUUUCGCCAAGCUGCAGCUGCCCACCAACACGGAGAUCGACGCCGUGGACUUCCUCAACGGCGCGCGCUUCGCCUGCGACCUGGCAGUCAACACGAUGUACUCGAGGGAGUUCGUCAACUUCGCCACGGGGGCCAUCUCGGCGUCCCCCGCCGCGGACAAGAUGAAGUCCGGCCUGUCCGAGGGCUGCUACGACGCCUUCCUCUUCGCCAUGAAGCAGACGAACAAGACGGGCAACACGUUCACGCUCAAGCAGCUCGAGAUCAACGGCGUGUACUUGUACGACGUGAACUGGGACAGGAUGUCGCUGGCUGAGCUGAAGCAGGAGGGGGCGCUGGAGGCCUACAACCGCGCGCAGGAGAAGGUCGUGGUGAACCCCAUGGCGGACGUGGCCCCCGAAGACCACGCGACCAUGAUCGAGAGGUUGCGCCUCGACGUGUUACUGGAUAGCGUCGAGCACUUGGAGAUCGUGACGGCCGAAGGGGAGGACCAGACGCUGGGCAAGAAGUCGUCGGCGGUGUGGCGCUUUGAGUCGCUCGUAACACAACCCGAUGAUGUGGACUGGCGGAUUGUCAGCGUGUUCUAA